AUGGUUUGUCUGGGCGACGAGGAGAACAAUCAUUUGGACCAAAGAGAUAAUGCAGAGGAUUCCUCCGAAGUAGGCUUUGUCUGUGGAGACCCUCAAGUUGAUCCUCGGGUUGGAGAUGAAUACCAGGUCGAGGUGCCUUCAAUGAUGUCUGUACCUGAACUUGUCUCUGAUUCUUCUUCAUAUUCCUUUGCUGUGGGACUAUCCAUCCAAGUGGCAUGGAUAGAUAACGGUACUAGCAAGCUCGGAUAUGAACAGAGACUUGAAGAUAACGAUGUCGACAUGUAUGAAUCUCUCAGAUCACUAAGAGCAAAAUGCAAAAGUCUCCGUCCAAAGAUCAAAGCUCGCCAGGUCAAUGAGAUUUUGGAACCUAUAACAAGGAUAGAGGAAAGGUUGAAUCUUGAAGCUGUUCCCUUGCAGUCGGCCAGUUCUUGGAAAGAUUCUGACGUGGAUAGCUUUGUUCUUGGGCUGUAUACAUUCGGGAAGAAUUUUACUCAGGUCAAGAAGUUCAUGGAGAGUAAAGAAAUGGGAGAGAUACUUUCCUUUUACUACGGAAAGUUCUACAAAUAUGCCAAAUACCGGAGUUGGUCUGAUUCUCGUAAGAAGCGAAACCGGAAAUGUGUAUGUGGAAUGAAGCUCUAUUCAGGUUGGAGGCAGCAGGAGUUGUUAUCCCGUUUGAUUCCCAGACUUCCCGAUGAAUCUCAGAAAGAUAAGCUCGUGAAUGUCUCAAAGACAUUUGCUGAAGGAAACACUUCGCUGGAGAAUUUUGUCAGCCUGAUGAAGAAAAUCGUCGGUCUCCAGGCUCUUGUGGAUGCUGUGGCAAUCGGUAAAGCGAAAGAAGAUCUGACGAUCUCAGGGACAGAACCCAUCAAGACGAAACAAUGGUUCAAGGUUUCUUCAAACACAUCUGAAGCAAGUCCUCUUGCUUCACUCACAUCAAGUGACAUAGUGAAAGAGUUGACAUGUGGUUCCCGUCUGAGCAAAGCCCGUUGCAAUGAUAUCUUCUGGGAAGCUGUCUGGCCGCGUUUGCUAGCAAGAGGCUGGCACUCGGAGCAGCCCAAGGACCAUGGCUAUGGCUAUGGCUAUGGCUAUGUCACGUCUAAAGAUUACCUUGUCUUCCUUGUGCCUGGCGUGAAGAAGUUUUCGAGAUGGGAACUCGUUAGAGGAAACCAUUACUUUGAUUCUGUCAGUGACAUUCUGAAAAAGGUUGCUUCCGAUCCCGAGCUUCUCGAGUUCGGAGAGGUCAAAGUCGCCAAUGAGUUUGUUCAAAAGGACUCUUCUGACAUAUCAGAUCGAGAAUUUUCCCCAAGGGACAGCCAACUUCGUCGUUUCCUCAGGUCUCCAGGUCCUAACAGUCAGAGUUUGCACAUGAAGUUCACUGUUCUGGGCACUGGUUUGGAAGCAGGGAGGAAAUCGUGCGUUUUAUGGGAGCUUAGGAAUCUGUACAAAGAUAAGUCAGCACUGGCAAAAGUUUGCCAAAUGUUUCCAGUGGAUGGAAAGAAGAAUGUCAAUGGUGUUGAUGGAUGGAAAAGGGAAAGAAGACAUGCAAAGAAUUUAGUUGAGGAUCCGAAGAGAUUCACGAUCGUGGAUACAAGUAAAUCCACCCUGAGAAAGAUUUCCGGCGAUUCAUUUGAUGGAUUUGAACAAACCCGAGCUUGUUUUGAUUUGAACGUAAAUGCAAACGAGAAUCCAUUUGAGACCCUUAAUUCUCACAAGAAUCUGCUGGAGAGGGGAGCUGAUUUCGGUACAAAGGAAGAGACUUUGAAGAAGGAUCGGGGUCGAUCAAAGAGGGUUAUCAAGCACAAGUUCAUUCGAGGAGCAGAAUCUAACGAUCAUUCAGUUAAUUCUGUCCCCCUGUUGAAACGAAGGCGGCUCAGAACUUGCUUUAGGAGGGAAACAAAUCGUUCUGGUGAAAGUCCUGUGUUCAAGGCAUCUGAAUCUGACCAGACAAGUCUCUUCUGA